CCGGCCUCUGCCGCCGCUGGCGCUGGCGGUGAUUCGAAGGACCAAAAGAAAUCAAAGGAGUUGGUGGCUUCGACCGUGGUGCUGCAGAUUCGCCUACACUGCCACGGCUGCAUUCAAAGAAUCAAGAAGACUAUUCUUAAGGUUAAAGGCGUGCAAGAAGUAAGUGUGGAUGACCAGAAGGAUUUUGUGACCGUUAAAGGUACGAUGGACGUGAAUUCACUGCCAACGUACCUCAAGGACAAGCUCAAACGUAGUGUUGAGAUUGUUUCAGCUAAGAAUGGCGGAGGUGAUAAGAAGGAGAAGGCUGGAGAUGAGAAAAAGAAUAAGAAGGAGGAAGGCAGUGGCAAUGGUGGAAAGAAAGAUGAGGGAGGUGGUGGUGAGAAGAAGAAGAAGGAGAAGGAAGGUGGCGGUGAGAAGAAAGAGGAGGGAGGCGGCGGCGAGAAGAAAAAGGAGAAGGAGGGCGGUGGCAGCGAGAAGAAAGAGGGGGGAGGUGGUGGCGGCCAGAAGAAAAAGGAGGAGGGCGGUGGUGGAGAGGAGAAAGAGGAGGUUGCGAAGGUGGUUGCGGCAGGGGCGAUUGCGACUCCGAUGGCGGCGACGAUGAAUAAGAUGGACUAUUACAACUCUUUCGGAUACAACAUGGACACAGUGCAUGCUCCUCAGCUCUUCAGCGAUGAAAACCCCAAUGCCUGCUCAGUUAUGUGAUCGAGCAUGUGGAGUCUGUGUAGAACAGCAUUAUACAUUGUUGUAUAACAUAUGUAUAAUGAUGUACAACACUGUUGUGCACAGAGUCUGCAUGCAUAUUACAACUAUGUGAAAGUUUGCAAGUGAAUUUCGAGAUUGAUUAUGUAAAUAAUGAUAGAUAAGAGGUUUAUUUGAAAAAAAAUAAGAAUUGAGGGUGGGGGCUGUAGGAGUUUUUCCUCCAUUAUUUUCAGUGUAAGAGCCUUCUUCGGUUUUUUCUUUA